AUGGGACCAUCGAUUGCCGUCCUUAGCAAAGCGCUUCUGAACUCGGGAAAUCUGUGCGAUCAUUACGAUGUCGGUGAUGAGAUAGGUCGCGGACAGUAUGGGGUCGUGCGGGAAUGUCGCGAGCGCGCCACUGGUCAGAGAUUCGCAUGCAAGUCAAUCGCGAAAUCGUCGCUCGCCACGCACGACAGUCGCGAGGCCGUGCGACGGGAGGUUGCGAUCAUGCGACGGCUGGCCGGAUGUCCCGGCGUCGUCUCGUUGGCUGGAGCUUGGGAAGAUUCCCGCUCAGUGCACCUAGUUAUGGACUUGUGCGCGGGUGGGGACCUGCUGCGCCUCGUAGAGUUGGCGGACCACUUGGCGGAAGCUUGCGCGCGCGCGGUGUUCGCGGAGAUUGUGCGGGCAGUGGCGGAGUGCCAUGCGCGGGGAGUGCUGCACCGAGAUUUGAAGCCAGAGAACGUGCUUCUAUCGAGCGACUCGUCGUUGGUCAAGCUGACAGACUUUGGGUUAUCAGUCAUCGAAGCGGCAGACCGUCGUGGCGCGAAAGAAGUCGCUGGAAGCGCGUAUUACCUUGCGCCGGAGGUAUUCUCCGGGCGCUAUUCGUUUCCCGCCGACGUGUGGAGCUUGGGAGUGGUGCUCUUCGUGUUGCUCUCUGGUUGCGUUCCUUUCGGUGGCGACGACGACGACGAAAUCGGCGAAUCUAUUCGCGAAGGCAGUUUUACUUUUGACGAAGAGAGCGGUUCAGCUUGGAAGGAGGUUUCGCCAGUAGCGAAAGAUUUGAUUUGUUGGAUGUUGGCAAAAGAGGAGGAUCGACGGCCCACAGCAGCGCAAAUCCUUCGUCACCCGUGGUUUUCAAACCCUUCUCCCCCCCUCUCCGUUCGCCCUCCCUGGGGAGGAAGUUUUUUCUCUAAAGCCGCGAGCAGAUUCGUGCCGAAUGCGCACUUCCACAAGGACUGGCAGUCGUACGUGAAGACAUGGUUCAACCAACCGGCCCGCAAGAAGCGCAGACGGAUCGCGAGGCAGAAGAAGGCCGUGAGCAUCUUCCCGCGCCCCACAGCCGGGCCGCUGCGGCCGGAGGUGCACGCGCCUAGCAUCCGCUACAACUCCAAGAUCCGCGAGGGCCGCGGCUUCACCCCCGCUGAGCUCAGGGAGGCGGGCAUCCCCAUCAGGGUUGCGCGCACCAUCGGGAUCUCCGUGGACUCGCGCCGCCGCAACCGCAGCCUGGAGAGCCUGCAGGCGAACGCGGCGCGUCUCAAGGCGUACAAGGCCAAGCUCGUCGUGUUCCCGCGCCGCUCCAAGAAGCCCAAGGCUGGCGACGCCUCGCCUGAGGAGCUGGCGGCCGCCGUGCAGCACGUGGGCGCCGUCCUGCCCAUUGUCAGGCCCGCCAAGGACGUGCCGCUGGAGGCUGUUACGGAGGAGCUGCGCUCAGUCAAGGCGUACGAGACUCUCCGCCAGGAGAGAACCACCGCCCGGCUUGCAGGCAUCCGCAAGAAGCGCGCCGCGGAGAAGGAGAAGGAGGAGAAGAAGUAA